CAACCACCUACUCUCUUAUCUCCAUGCUCCCACGACAACAGUAGAGUGAGAGGAAAUCUGUCGCUCUUUCUCUCUCUAAUGGCCAUGGCUUCUAUUGCUGCCUCUUCGUUGCUUUCUUCCACUUCUUCCUCUUCUGCACUCUCCUGCAAAUCCUUACCGAAGGCCUCGUUAUUCCCUUCGCCUAAGCCAAUCUCUCAGAGGCUCUCCCUUCCUAAGGGCUUUCAGAGCUUUGGAAAGUCUUUCAAAUCUCGCUCCAGAGUCUAUCAGAACUGCUCUAAGAGGAGUCUGGUGGUGAAUGCUUAUGAGCCUCCAUUGGUUGGAAAUAAAGCCCCUGACUUUGAAGCUGAAGCCGUUUUUGAUCAAGAAUUUAUCAAGGUCAAGCUUUCGGAAUAUAUUGGGAAGAAAUAUGUGAUUCUCUUUUUCUAUCCACUUGACUUCACAUUUGUCUGUCCCACUGAGAUUACUGCUUUCAGUGAUAGGCAUUCUGACUUCGAGAAGUUAAAUACUGAAAUAUUGGGUGUUUCAAUAGACAGUGUGUUCUCCCAUCUUGCUUGGGUUCAAACCGAUAGAAAAUCUGGUGGCCUUGGUGAUUUGAAAUAUCCAUUGAUAUCUGAUGUGACCAAGUCUAUUUCACAAUCCUAUGGGGUUUUGAUUCCAGAGCAGGGGAUCGCAUUGCGUGGGCUAUUCAUUAUUGACAAGGAAGGAGUGAUUCAACACUCCACCAUCAACAAUCUGGCAAUUGGAAGGAGCGUUGAUGAGACAAUGAGAACACUUCAGGCUCUGCAGUAUGUCCAAGAAAACCCUGAUGAGGUUUGCCCAGCUGGAUGGAAGCCUGGAGAGAAGUCGAUGAAGCCGGACCCCAAGCUAAGCAAAGAAUACUUCGCAGCUAUUUGAAAACCAUGUCAAUCUUCUCUGUUGUCCUAGAAAGUUUUGUUUUGAUUUCCUGUGAGGUUUGAGAGAGAGAGAGAGAGAGAACCAAUUAUGGAAGGACUGGGAAGUUCUUUGGUAGAGAGAGAGAGUAACUUUAUGAACCAAUUGUGGAGGGAGUGGGAAGUUCUUCAGGAGAACUGGAUUUGUAUUUGUCAAGGGUAAUCAGUUUGUAUCGUGUUCUGGUGGUCUACCUACCAUUUGAGCCGUAUACUUGUUUUUGAUAUUUGGAAGGGAAGGUGGAUGUUUUAUGGAAAAA